ACGUGUUGAAGAAGUGAUUCGUAGUUUUGGCUGCCUUCAUUGUUCGACCAUCAAGAAUACUUUCAUCAAUUAAAGCCAGCCUUCUGUCGAACACACCAUCACCACUCAACAUUGGGAUACCGUUUCCUCUCAGCGCAACCGACACUCCGCAUCCUUCGCAUCGCCGCGACACCCGUGAAUCGAGAUGUCUUCCCUUAACAAGUCCGAGCAGACGUCCAACGGCGGAUCGUUGAGACCCCCGACGUCUCGACCCGGCCACCACCUCCGAGCCUCGGCCGACAUGUCGGGCGCUUUCCAAUCUCCGAUGGGCGGACGCAUCCGGCCAUCAUCCGAGAUAUUCCUGAACCCUCCUCAAAUCCCGCAGCAGAACGCCGAGACCGAGGCCCUCGACAAGGCCGCUCGGGAAUGGAUCAAUGACCUCGAGACAUACGAGAAUACGCUGGAGGAGAUGGCUUCGGCCGCAUUGGAUCAGGAGUUCAAAGACGAGCUCAGCGCUAUCGAGCAGUGGUUUCGUGUGCUGAGCGAGGCGGAACGCACCGCCGCUCUGUAUGCUCUGCUGCAGCAGACGACUCAGGUUCAGAUCCGGUUCUUCAUAACGGUCCUUCAGCAGAUGGCAAAGUCCCAUCCGAUGUCGAACCUUCUUUCGCCAAACACAUUCGAGAAAGAUCCCAUGGCCAACCGAAUGAACGAUGCCAUGACUAAAUUGACCAUGGGAAGCCGCGAGGCAUUCAACAAUCGUCCUCCCCCGCCAUCCCCUGGCGGGCCCAACAGCCGCCCUUCUGCAGACCCCACGUCGAUGUUCCCGGAAGCCUCGGCCACGAUUGCUGCUCAACGGGCAAAGCUCUCCGGACAGGGCGGGGCUGCCAGCGGAAUCAAGUCCAAUCGGAGCAGCGCUCUGUUUGAGACACGUAGCACCGCUAAUCUGAACACUCCGUCCAUCAACACCGGCGGCGCGAACACGAAAGAGAACAACCCGCCGCCCUCCCCUUGGAACCGUCCUAGCGAUUCCAACAAUGAGAUCUCGCGCCCAAAGUCCGCCUCCGGUCAGUCCGCCAUGGGCAAUUUCCAGCUGCCCCAGCCUCCUUCCGCCGGCCUUCGUUCUCCCAGGAACCCUCCCCCGCAGAUCACCGGCGAUUCCAACAUCCGGGCUACCACUCUGGCUGCGCCUUCUGACAACCUGGAGCUGCCCCAAAUGUCGCCGUACCCGGUUGCGAGCACCAACUGGGCGUCGAUGGUCAACACGCCGGUCGGUGCCAUGUUCCCGCAGAACCAGAACGCCGAUAUGAUCGCCAACGCUACCGCCAUGAAGCUCGCCGCGCUUUCGACCGUCAACAACCGUAUAAUCCUCGACAACGAUCCCAAGGGCUGGGGCAAGCGGCGCAAGGACGGCACCCCUGGUACUCCAGGACUGGCCUCGCCCCGUGGAAUCCCAGGUCUCUCGCCGGCACACAUCACGAUGUACAAUGAACACGGGCAACUCGUGCAGAUCCCCGCUGCCGCAGCGGCGGCCGCGUUGCAACAACAGCAGAACGGAUCGAACCUACUCGGCGGCAGGUCUCGGCCGAGUUCGCCCGGAUUCUUCAAUCCCGCGUCGCAAUGGGGCGGGAUGGGAUUCGCGUCUCCGCAGGCAAACGGGUUCCUUGCCGCGCAGUCGCCGCUGCUCAACAACGGUCUGCUCGGACAGUUCGGUUCGCUGGGCGGUGGCUCGGAGGGGUACAACUCUGACGAUCUGAACGGCGGCCGCGGAAGGAGCCCGAGGGGUCGCAGGGGAAGCUCUAAGCCCCCGGAGGACCCCACUAACCCCGAGCUGCUGAACGAUAUCCCGCAGUGGCUGAGGAGUCUGAGGCUGCAUAAGUACACGGACAACCUGAAGGAUCUCAAGUGGACCGAGUUGGUCCAGCUGGACGAUGAUGCGCUUGACAAGAGGGGCGUAAACGCCCUGGGUGCGAGGAGGAAAAUGCUGAAGGUGUUUGAGCAGGUUCGCGCAGCACAGGGAGACGGAAAGCUUCCCGUCCCAAAUUGAGAUAUCUCGCUCGGCAGGACCCUGGAAAAAGAAACACAACAUGAGGUGAUCUGAGGUGAUCAGGCGGGUGGGCGGAUUAGGGGUUAAUGAUGAAAGAAAGAUAGGGACGCUUCAUUUGCUACAUUCAUUCAUUAGUUGUGGUGCUUGCUAUACUACUUGAUUUGCGGGUUUUCUGUUUGGGCCUCUGUUGCUGUCUUUUUCGUUUCUUUUCUGUUGACUCAUAUCUUACGAUGUCUAUGCUGUGUUGCUGUUGCUGUUGCCCGACCGCUACUUACCUACUCUCCCUUUUAUUUCUGUUCUACUUCUUCUUUUCUUCUACUUCUUUUACUUCUUCUUUCUUCUUCUUUUGAC